CGCACUCGAAAAUCCAGUUCUCAUUUGCAGUUGCCAUCUCCAGAACCUAUUGCUGAUGGUAGUGAUAGUGAGGAAUUCGUGUCCGGCGAAUCAUCUUCCUGUGGAGUCAAUCCAACAUGUUGGCAUCCUACAGCUAGAACCUGUGCUAAGUGGAGGGCAAGAGUUUAUGACCUUGGUCACCAUAUAACAUGGCAUCAGGAUAAGUUAUUCAUAUACAGCUUUGGGCCUAAUGAUCGUCAGUUAUUCAAUAAUGCAGUUAUGCGGUUUGGUCUUCCACCACCGGGUAUUGUCCCACCUCAAGACUGGCUUCCACCGGCUUUGUAUCACAAAUCCCAACUUCAGCUUUUUGGCUAUGUAGACCUAUACAUGAAACAUUUAUACGAUGAUCCAAAUGCAUUGAUAGAGUCAGAAGAAAAUUGGUCAGACGGUUUACCUAAAGAGCAUUUAUGCGUUCCUGCAGUGCUUUCGCGUAUUGCAAUGAUGGCUUUAAUUAGGAAUAAAGUAUUGCAGUAUGAAGAUAUCAACGGUGCAACAAGUAUUCCUUUUGGGGUUCAAAAUAAUGCAUUUAAAUUUGCCAUACAUGAAGGCGGCUUGACAUUAUUACGCUCUGCAUGGAAUGAUGAAUGUACCCAAAUCAGCAAUAUUUGUCAAACUGUUCAAUCUCAAUCAGAGAUGGCUAGAAAUUCUGAAUUAAUACUAAAAACGCAGAGGGUAUGGCAUUCACGUCAUGAUUACUGGUUACUCGCUGGUAUACUCGUUCAUGGCUAUUCUAGGUGGACGGACAUACUGUCUGAUCCACGUUUUCGUAUUCUAAAUUUUGGACUCUCUGGUGUUCUAACCAGCAUGAAUAAACUUAUGAAUUCUGAAUUAGGUUCACGCUGCACAUCUUCGUAUCGUGUUCCUUCAGAAUCUACUGAAGCACAAGCUUUUUUACUGGAUCGUUUAAAAUUACUUGAACAAGCUUUAAUUGUUGAACAAGCUCUGCACGAAAUAGCUGAAGCUGCUCUUAGCAGUAGUUCAAACAAAAAUGCACCUGAUCCAAGCCGUAUCAAAAAUCUAGCUGUUUGCUUAUCUAACAAGUUAAUUCAAACAGGAGCCCGCAAACGAAUCGCUUUGCCUAAGGAUCAAAAAGCCAGAGAAGCCACUCGUGCAGUUGUUCAAAAUCUUCAGGAAAUAUUAGAAGACAUGUAUGCCGAUCUACCUGGUAUGCCAGCUUCAGUAAAUUUCACCGGAGGAGAUGAAUCCAGUUAUAAAGAAAGGAAAUCGAAAACCAUGUCAAACACAUCAAACGAAUAUAGGAGUGGCACUGGUAGUUCCUCAUCGCAGUUAUCCAAAACGAAUGCAGUAACAUCGGAGGUGAAUUUGUGUGGUGAGGAUAACGAUGACAUUGAACAAGAGAUUAUUGCUAAUAGUAAUGAUGGUCAUAAUGGAAACAAUAACAGACAAGUAUCAUCAGAUAAAAUGCCUUCCAUUAAUCAUGAGAAAACUAAUUCUGAUCGCUUGGUACUCCAGUCAAAAACAGCCCCGCCUACUCCAGCCAGUUUUGAAACUUGUAAAUCCAAUAGCUCGCCGAUGCCGGAAAAGGAGAUAUUUAUUGAGUUAUCCGAUGAAGAAGACAAUGGAAAUCAUGAUUCUAGUUUUGGUAACGAUCAUACUAGCCAGGAAAUAAAUAUAGAAAUGGACAAUAAUACUGCCGAUAGAAAUAAUGCUGGUGAACAGUGUGUAUUACCCACCAUAUCGAACCCUAUCCAUGGUGCUUUUAUUUACUCCAAUAAGUGAUUCAUCAUCCACUAUCUAUUACUUACAGCCCUUCUGUACAAAACCCCCUUGUGUAUUCUGCUUUUUUUCGCACAAAAUAACAUAUUGAUUACAAGGUUAUUUUACCGAAAGACCUUUUUGUUGUUGUCGUUGUUGUUCUCUACAAGUUUUGUUUGCAGCGCUUUUAGAGUAAUAUACACUGUAAAUAAAGUAAACUUUUAUGCGCUUUGCUUAUCAUAUAUACCAUAUAGGCUAGAAUCAAAUUUACAGUAAAACGUUAACGCUUAUCAUUACCGGUAGUAAUGCUCAGAAUAUGAUUUUCAUCG